AUGGAUCCAGCUCAGUUGGUGGAGGCACCGUCAGGUAAUACCGCAGGGACCGACAAUCCGCACAACGGUCCUGCGAAACGCCGAUGGAGGCGUAACCGCAUCGCCUGCGACUCCUGCCACGCUCGUCGGGUGCGAUGUGACCGCGCCUUUCCCUGUUCCCGCUGCCUGCGCAGUGAUAUCCACUGCGAGUUCACUCGAGAGCGUCGCAAACGAGGUCGCAUCGCUCGCUCCCGCCAGACGGACCCUCCAGCCGCCCCCGCCCUCGCUGCGACCACCCCACUGCCGAAUGCCUCUCCGUCGUCCAGCUUCCACCACCGUUCCCCGGUGACAAAUGACCAUACCACAUCUGCUCUGAGUAUCGACGAGCGGCGGUCACAAGCCAACGUCUCAGCACAGCCUCGGAGAUCCAGUCCCGGGCCUGGAACCAAUGUGACGGAGGAAUGGCUGUCAGCUGCGCACGUAUCACCGGGCUCCUAUGAUAUCUUGGGGGGUGCAGGUGCUGGGGUGGAUGAUGGUCCCUUUCCGUGUAUGUUUGAUAUGUGGAACGGAGUCGACCUGGCCGGUCAUAAUGGGGCGACACGGCAGGCAAGGAACACAAUGGGCCUAACCUCGGGCGUGUCGUCCACAACUCUGAAGUAUCCCGCGCUGGAACCCCUAAUGCCUUUCCUGGAUGCGAACAUACCUCGGCCGCUGGUGUUCGACCUGUUGGAGUUGUACUUCACCAGCGCCUUCUCCACUCAUAUGCACCCCGUGUGUCACCACAUCCACUGUUAUAUCCUCCGUAAAUCGUCCUUCUUACGUCGGGAUUUCCCUCGUCCCAGCAGCCCUGCUCUGCUGGCCAGUAUGCUCUGGGUGGCGGCUCUUGAUAACCAUGCCUUUGCACUACCCAUCUCUCCGCCCCAGCGGAAAAAGAUUUGCCAGUUUCUCUGUGCGCUGACCAUUCGUUUGCUGCGGCCGUUAAUCCACGUUUCGUUCAAGGAGCAGAAACGUUCUGCGGCGAAUGACUCAACUUGUGCUCCUGUGGGUCAGGAAUUACCCCCGACCACCACCCAUCAUCCCUUUGAAGGUGAGGGGGACGAUCGAGGCUUGGUGGGCCCCGUCGGCUCUCUGGAUGAUGUAAUCACAUACAUCCAUGUCGCCUCGAUCAUCUCGGCCAGUGAGCAAAAGGCGGCCAGUAUGCGAUGGUGGCAUGCCGCGUUUACACUGGCGCGUGAACUCAAAUUGAAUCAGGAAAUUGAGGUGAUGCCCAACGCCAACAACCCUACGGAAGAAUCGAGCCCAUCCUUUGAGUAUUCUCUACCAGGUUGGAAUGGGGUGGAUACGGGGUCUUUGUUCGAUUAUUCCAACCCAACUCGACCGAGCCUCAAUUGCGUUUGCGAGCGUGGCCGUGAUGCACAGAGCACUAUCACCGAAGAACAUCGGGAGGAGCGGCGCCGGGCAUGGUGGCUGCUGUAUAUCAUGGACCGCCAUCUCGCCCUAUGUUACAACCGGCCACUGGCCUUGUUGGAUGCCGAGAGCGAGGAUCUUCUGCUGCCGCUGGACGAAGGCUCGUGGCAGUCCGGCAACGUCCAUAGCAACAGCCCCAAACCCGACGGGCCCCAGUGUCCACUCUCGGGUGACAAGAACAAACGCCGCAUAUUCCCGAACUUCAUCUGCCACGACCACUCCAUCUUUGGCUUUUUCUUGCCGCUGAUGACCAUAACUGGUGAACUGAUUGAUCUCAACCAGAGCCGCAACCAUCCUAUCCUCGGUUUGCGUUUGCUGGGAAAGGAUGUCUGGGAGACCCAGGUCAGUGAAGUCUUGCGCCAACUCGAAAUUUACAAGGCCAGUCUUACCACUUUUGGGGCCGCCACGUCUGACUCGGAGCCAUCGUUGUCGUCCACUUUCACUCCAUCCCAGCCGGACCCGCCGCCAGUGGUCGAACCCAGCCUCUCUCAGGCAAACUCCUGGCACACGCAAACUGUCAUCUCGUAUGCUUCCUAUCUCGUGCACGUUCUCCAUAUUCUGCUCGUGGGUAAAUGGGAUCCCGUAUCCCUCAUCGAAGAUAAGGACUUCUGGACCUCUUCUCCAGCCUUCGCCUCCACCAUCUCGCAUGCGCUAGACGCAGCCGACUCUGUCCACCAGAUCCUGCGCUUUGACCCUGACAUCAGUUUCAUACCGUAUUUCUUCGGCAUCCAGCUUCUGCAAGGCAGCUUUCUCCUGCUCUUGAUCGUCGAACGGCUGCAGAAGGAAGCCGGCGAGGGCAUCCUGAACGCCUGCGAAGUGAUGAUUCGCGCCACCGAAUCGUGCGUCGUCACCCUCAACACCGAAUACCAGCGUAAUUUCCGCCAGGUCAUGCGCAGUGCCGUGGCUCAGGCACGCGGACGACCCGUUAACCACAGCGAGAUCCGCCAUCGCCGCAAGGCCGUCUUGGCUCUCUAUCGAUGGACUCGAAAGGGCACUGGACUGGCUCUAUGA